AUAAUUUAUACCCCAAACUCUCCUUCCCCCUCUUUCGCUCUGUGCAGAGACUCAAAACCAAAACCUCAAAAACAAACAAAAAUGGCCUGAUCACCGUAUACUUCUUUCCAUGCACAUGACCAAACUCAAUUCCUCCUAUUGAAAGAAGAAAGAAGAAUCGAAAGACAUGGCCAACAAGCCGACAAGCAACAGGAAGCUGAAACACCACCGGGACCGAGAUUCGGAGGAAGUGGAAGGAGACCCUGAAGUUUGGGCAACGUUCGACAAGAGUUUCAAGCAGGUCCAGUCGGUUUUGGACAGGAACCGUGCCUUGAUUCAGCAGGUCAACGAGAAUCACCAGUCCAAGAUUCCUGACAACAUGGUGAAAAACGUUGCACUCAUCCAAGAACUCAACGGGAACAUCUCCAAGGUCGUGUCGCUUUACUCUGAUUUGUCUUCCAAUUUCUCCACCGUGUUCCACCACAGGAAUGAUGACCACAAGAAUGGUGCUGGUGGUGGCAGGAUUGACUAGUAGAAGUGGGAAAGGGCUGAAUUUUGAUGGAGCAAAACACAAAAUGUGUGAACUUUUGUCAUGUCCUUAGUUAUCAUUACUGAUUCUAUUUUGUUGCUGUGGUUCUUUAGUUAUCUUUUCUAUAAUAAAAUAAAAAAAAUAAUGAAGGGUUUUUAGGUAUUUAAUGUGUCUUGUUGGUCUAUCCAAGAAUAAUUGCUUGUGUCCUGUUUCAUGUUUGUGAUUUGUGUUCCAAGAACAUUGUUGAGAUAAUGUCGGGAUAAAUGUUUUGUUUUGUUAUUAUGAGUUGGUCUCUAAUAUUCAUGUGA